CAUGCUAUUUUUUCCAGUCUCACAAUCCCUUAUGUGUUCUACAAACUUUCUCCGGUUUGAAGGGUAGUACCAAGGCUCUUCUGCAAUGGCUGCCAGGUUCUUGCUUCUUCUUGUCCUUCCAUCUUUAGUUUUUUCUCAAUAUUGCACUGAUAUUGACAUUACCGCCUCCAACGACGCGCCUAGAUGUGUAUCACCUUCUGGUGAAUUUGCGUUUGGGUUUUACCGCCUUGGCAGUCAAAGUCUCUUCUUGCUUGCUAUCUGGUUCGAAAAAAUACCGGAAAAAACCUUAGUUUGGUAUGCAAAUGGAGAUAACCCGGCUCCUAAAGGAUCCAAACUUGAACUUACCUCUGAUGGCCAGUUCAUACUAAGUGAUCCACAAGGCAAAGAGAUAUGGAGACCUCAGAACUCUGUUACCGCGGUCACUCAUGCUGCCAUGCGUGAUACUGGUAACUUUGUUCUUGAAAAUAGGAAUCAAAAUCUUACAGUGUGGCAGAGCUUCCAGAAUCCAGCCAACACCAUCUUGCCAACUCAAACACUGGAAAUCGGUGGCACCAUGUAUUCUCAGCAGUCAAACAGCAGCUACUCAAAGGGGAGGUUCCAGCUUCAAAUGGAAGCUGGAGGCAAUCUCGUACUUAAUACCUUGGACCCAGAAUCUGGUAAAGCAUAUGAUGUUUAUUAUUCAAGCAACACCAAUGAUGCUGCAAAUAGCAGCAAUUCUGGCCAACGGGUGAUUUUUGAUGAGUCAGGUAGCAUCUAUGUUCUUCUAAGGAAUGGAAGUACUGUUAACAUCACCUCCGGAAGUAGCUUGACGGGAGAUUACUAUUACCGGGCAACGCUUGACCAGGACGGAGUUUUCAGGCUAUAUAAUCGUGACAACAGCAGUACUUCUUGGUCUGUUGUGAAAAACAUUCCCGAUAACAUUUGUACCGUGACCCCAAGUAAUCUUGGCAGUGGAAUUUGUGGGUUCAACAGCUAUUGUUCCAUUGAUGGAAGGGGGCUGCCUGAUUGUCUAUGCCCAGAUGGGUACUCUCAUUUGGAUCCUCUUGACAGAAAACAAGGCUGUAAACCGAAUUUUGAAUUGCCCAGCUGCCAAACAGCUGUGGAUGGAUGGGAAGCAAACAAGGAUGCAGUAGAGUUCAGAGAAUUAAAAGAUGUCAACUGGCCAUUAUCUGAUUAUCAACUUCAGGAGGGACCUGAAUUCAACAAGGAGAAGUGUAAACAGUCUUGCAAAGAUGAUUGCCUCUGUGUGGUUGCUAUCUAUAACACUGACAAUCAGUGUUGGAAGAAGAAGUUUCCUCUCUCAAAUGGAAGACACGAACCUACACAAAAUGUGCUCGAGUACACAACUGCUCUCAUCAAGGUACGGAUUAAAAAUGAUACUAUAGAGAGAUGCCCAGACAAGUCUACCUUGAUCCUUGUUGGGUCAGUACUCCUUGGCAGCUCUGUGUUCUUUAAUCUCUUUCUGUUGUUAGCAAUCCCUGCGGCUGCUCUCUUCUUCUACAACAAGAAACUGAUGAAUAUCCAGUCCGUUUCAAGCAAAUUCCCGACCACCAGUGUGAGAACUUAUUCAUACAAAGAGCUUGAAGAGGCAACCGGUGGAUUCAAGGAGAAAUUGGGCAGGGGAGCUUUUGGAACAGUUUAUAAAGGGGUUUUGGCAUCAGAUGCUGGGAGAUUUGUUGCAGUCAAGAAGUUAGAUAAGGUGGUACAGGAAGGCGAGAAGGAAUUCAAAACAGAAGUCACUGUGAUUGGGCAGACCCACCAUAGGAAUUUAGUCGGUUUGCUUGGCUAUUGUGAUGAGGGUGUGCACCGGCUUCUGGUAUACGAGCACAUGAACAAUGGAUCUUUAGCAGACUUCUUGUUUGGAAUAUCUACACCCGAAUGGAGCCAGAGACUCCAGAUAGCCUUUGGGAUUGCAAAAGGGCUAAUGUAUUUACACGAAGAGUGCAGCACCCCCAUCAUCCAUUGUGAUAUAAAGCCUGAAAACAUCCUCCUUGACGAGUACCUUACACCUAGGAUUUCAGACUUCGGACUAGCAAAGCUUCUGAUGAGAGAUCAUACUCGGACCCUUACAACCAUCAGAGGGACCAAAGGAUACGUUGCACCAGAAUGGUUCAGGAGCAAGCCGAUUACUGCGAAAGUGGAUGUUUAUAGUUAUGGGGUUAUGUUACUGGAGAUCAUCAGUUGCAGGAAGAGCGUACAUUCACAGCCGGAAAAUGAGGAGGAAGCAAUACUUUCUGAUUGGGCUUAUGAUUGCUAUAGAGGGCACAGAUUGGAUAAGCUAGUGAAGAAUGAUGAUGAGGCAGAAAAGGACAUGGGGAUGCUGGAGAGGGUAGUGAUGGUUGCCAUUUGGUGCAUUCAAGAGGACCCUUCUUUGAGGCCCUCCAUGGGAAUGGUCAUACUGAUGCUUCAAGGAGUUGUUGAAGUUCCUGUGCCCCCUUGUCCUUUCCCCUUUAGCUCAACCUUCUGAAACUACACAUCCCUAAGACAGUAUAUACGCACCUACUCGUCUUUGUAAUCCUGGAAGUUCCAUAUAUCAUGAACUUCAGUUGAAUACAUAUGUUUGUUCUAAUAGUGUUUUCUUUGUUAGUAUGGUUGCAUUUUCUUGUUCUAAUAGUACAAACAAGGUUGCUACACUAUGGUUAUAAAUUUCAAGGUGGCAGGUAAA